AUUUAUCGACCUCAACAUUCAAUUUCUUGACCCCCACCUUGCACCAUGAGGGCCAAACGUUCAAAGAAGUAUCGCAAGCUUAUGCACCAGUAUGAGCUCACAUUCGGUUUCCGUGCGCCUUAUCAAGUGCUCCUGGACUCGAAUUUCCUGCAGCAGGUGCACAAUUUCAAGAUGGACUUGAUACCUGCCCUGGAGCGGACAGUGCAAGGCAAUGUUAAGCCACUUCUGACCAAAUGCUCCCUCGCUGCCAUUACCGCCGCGCAGCCUAUCAACCCCAAGACCGGCAAACCUUUCCGACCCUAUCAUCUUCCCCCGCCAACGGUCCUGCCCCUCCGCCACUGCUCGCACAACCCCAACUCAGAGCCCAUCGACGAGAUCGACUGCCUUCUCUCUCUGCUCUCGCCGAACGCAGAAGCCAAGAAGAACAAGGAGCAUUACAUUCUUGCAACCGCAGACCCGGCCGUCAAGAAGUCGGACAACAACAAUGAUAACCAGCAGCGCAAGCGCAAGCGCGACGAGGAGCGUGAGGAGGAACAAGCUUUGCGUCGUGCCCGCAACCUGCGCGUUCGUGCGCGUUCCAUCCCCGGUGUGCCUAUCAUCUACGUGAAGCGUUCCGUCAUGGUCCUGGAGCCGUUGAGUACUCCCUCUGAGAAUGUGCGCGAGGGCGUGGAGAUGGACAAGUUCCGCGUGGGCCUGCCCGAGCCUCAACCAAAGACGGACGAAGCUGCGGAAGGCGCAGCAAAGAAGAAGAUCCCCGGGUUGAAGAAGGCCAGGGGGCCGAACCCGCUCAGCGUCAAGAAACCGAAGAAGCGCGCGGCGGAGUCGGGUCCGGCAAAGACGCCUAGGAAGAAUGAUGGUACGGGUGCGUCAAAUGAGAAUGGAGCAGGUGACGGGCCUGAUGGCGAGGAGGCUGGUGCUCCUAAGACCAAGAGGAGACGGCGACACCACAAGAGUGGUUUUCGGGAGGAGAAUGAGGAUGGUGCGCCUUCAACGCAGGCUGAUCAAGCUAUGGGUGUUGACGCAUGAUCCUUUUCCUCUUGGCGGUUGUUGCAUUGGCUCUCAUUCUUUCAUCCACGGCAUGGCGUUUAGGCAGGGUAUCUAUAAAAGUUCAAUAUCAACAUCUGUAUCUAGUCUUAUGUGAGGUGUGUUCUAUGUAGACCGAGUCUCAGGCUUAUUUACAUCUAUAUCGAUCUUACAUUUGGCUUGAAAUCCGGCUCAAAAUUGAGCGGGGGAACCUACUGGUGUCCAAGCUAAAGUAUGAUCUCACCAGAGAGACAGGGUUCGAUAGCCCAUAGUAUAUACAUUCAAUCCAUAAAUAUCGUACAAGGUUCUCUUUGCGCAGAAUUGCCGCACAUCAGCAGUGUGAGAAGAGAGGAUGAAUAGGCUGUUAUUAUAGCCAAGAAGAAAUGCCAGCACACCGAACUCCAGUCCAAGGUCAAAGGUAAUCGUCACACACCGCGAUGCCAGAUCACUGCUUAGCAGCGCCCGAGUUCUCCGCACUGUUACUCUGAGCAGGUUGAUCCAAAGCCCGCUCUUUAGCCCAGAUCUCCUCGAUGCGCCGUCGGUUGCUGCGCGCAUUAUCGCGGUUGUUCUUCGCCCGGUCGUACCGUUCCACGGAGAGACAUUUGUUCACUUCGCGCUUGAUAUCGUUGCAGUUGCCGAGGGCUUUGUAAAUAAAUCCUCGGGCAUGACAUUCGUCGAGGGCAGUCAUGAUCUCCUCG